CUUUAUGGCUUUUUCUACUAUGUGAUUGUUCGCUGCGCAUCGCAUCGCAUCGCUCGAUUGCUUGUAUCUCAUCAUAUCCGCCAUCCCAGCUCGCUCGGACGUGUCGGGACACAGCAGCCUGUGCUUAAGACCAUACCAUAGCGCACUUCAAAGCUCAGCAUUCCCAGCAGAGCUCGCAUUUGAUCAACCUUAGCCGUAUCCUGUGCUCCCAGAUUGCGUCCUGUGUGGGCCAAAGGCAAAAAGUUCGCCUCAGCCUGGGCACUGGCUGUUGCCAGCCACUGAGGCUCCCUGUGGAAUCGACGUACUUCGAAUAGAGCAUGCAAGCCUGGGCUGUCACAAGGCAGCUUGCAUCGCGACUUAGGCUCGAUCCGGCGGCAGCCAUCAUUUCUAUCGCGCACUCACCACGAAGCUACCAGAGGGGACCAGCUCUCAGUCGGCUCUUUGUUCGCCAACGCUCUGAUACAGGCACGGUCUUCACCUGGAGGUACGACGAAAAUGCGAACAUGAAGGGUGAUUCGACGUUCCAAGAACAACAACCAGAGGGAAUGGUAGAGAAGGUAGCGGCUUUUGCUUCUGAUGGAGAGGUCAUCAAUGAGGAGCCCGCGGGCUCCGUGCGCCACGAUGACGCCCCUCUGGUUGACUGGAAGGAGGAAGUUCUGCACCGAAUCAAGACCUUCCAAGGGCCCCCGGAGAAUCCUGGGCGGCAACGGGAGCACUACUUCAGACAGCUCUACCAUCGAGACAGACCGAUCGACUUCCGGGUUCUCGCGAGGGCCUCACCUGAGAUCGCGAACCAGAUGCUUGGCAGGCGCUUCGACACCCAGGAUACCGAGAAAGGUCCCAUUCUGGUCAGCGCGCUACUCGACAAGCACUACGGCGGCCUCAAAAUGGAAUUGCCCCCCGACCGUCUUUGUCCGCCGAUACCGAAUCGCCAUCUGUAUAUCUUGUGGCUGAAAGAUCUUCUCGACAGCACUGGUCCCCUAGUUGCCGAGACGUCAUUGGCCACGACAGAACGUGAACUGGUUGGUAUGGACAUCGGCACCGGCGCAAGCGCCAUCUACCCCAUACUCGGCUGCGCUCAACGGCCAUGGAAGUUUAUUGCUACCGAGCUGGACGAGAAGUCAUUUGAAUGGGCUCGUAGCAACCUGGAGCGAAACGGAUUGUUGGACAGAGUCAAUCUUGUCCGGCGUACGAAAUCAUUCAACGAGGACUCCUCACCACUCAUUCCUAUGGACGAACUAGGCCUUGACCGACUGGAUUUCGUCAUGACGAACCCGCCAUUCUAUGAAUCCGAAAAGGACAUGUUCCAACGCGUUGCAGAGAAAAAAGAGGACCCUCUCAGCGCCCAUACUGGUGCCCCCGUUGAGCUAUGGUGCGAGGGUGGCGAGGUUGGCUUCGUCAGACAAAUGAUCAACGAGUCAAUGGUACUGCGUGACAGGGUACAGUGGUAUACCGCAAUGCUGAGCAGUCCUCAGAGUGUGGAGAAGCUGCUGGUCGACCUCAACCGACUCGGAUUACGGAAUAUCGCCACGACAACCUUCAUCCCAGGCAAGGUCACGCGUCGGUAUGCACUUGCUUGGAGUUUCGGUGACAGGCGGCCGUCGGAACGCGCGGCGAGGGGGGACAAGUAUACGAUAGACAACAAGAUUUCCCGUAGCUUGUUCAGCCCAGCGACGGAGCACACGAUACCGCUCGGGCCAGACACAGACCCGGAAGUGCUGGGAAGUAGCAUCGAGAAAUAUCUCAGGUCCGUUGGCUUGCCAGUCUUCGAAUGGAACUCUGCGAAGCUCAAAGGCUACGGCUUCACUGAUGAGCCUUCGUGGAGUCGGUCAUAUCGGCGGAGGUUGCAGCUGGCGGCCGAAAGAUCCUGCACGGAUGAUCUUCAGCCACGGGCGGGAGAGGAGGCGGACGCCGAGAGAUCUGUGAUGGACGCCACAACUUCUGCAUUCGAAGGGAAGCAUGGAAACGAUGGAAUGAAGACGGAGAGAGACAGUGUUCUCGCCCAAACAGGCCCACCAAAAACGAAACAAGAAUGGGAAGAAGAACUUCAAGCACCACUCCCGACUACGCUACCGGAGCUCGAGCGGGCUCUCGAGGAGCUUCAAGCUCCCAAUCUUUCCAAACCCACUUCGACUAUGCUGAAAAUCAAUGAGCUGAUGCAGCUCAAUGACGACUACAUGCCUGCCGAGGAUCCGUCCACUUUUGGGGACUAUGGAAGGCGUUACGAGUACCAAUAUAAUGCCAUAUUGGCAAAGCAGAUGGCCAUGCGGCAGCAAAGGGCAAAAGAUAUCGAAGCCCGCAUCGCACGCUUGAAGAAGUUGGCACCGCCUAACAAAGUUCCACAAGACACCUUGAUAGGCCCAGCUCAAGCCGAUCGCCACUCGUUGGCUGACUCGCCAAGCACAACCUUCACGUCGAACAGCCCUCUGAACUCAAUUAAGCGCGCUGCCGCGGAGGAUCAAAUGUCUUUGAAAGAUCGUUAUAAAUGUGGCUUCACGCUGGAACUCGAAGCGAGCCGGAUCCCGGUCAUUUUCCAUGAUGGGAAGUACCUCAAGAGGCCGUUCGUCCGCGACUCGCAACUCAAAUUACGGUGGCUGAGUGGUUCAGAUCCCGUCAUAUACGAAAGCCUCGUUGGUGCCCUGAAUACCAAGUUUGCCCAGAGAAAAGGGACGAUGGCAGGCGCUAUUGCGAGAUCUAAGCAACGCACGAUGGAGCACAAUAUGCGAACCGCGAAGAAACGGGAGAAGGCAGAAAAGCGACGUCCUAAAAUUCGAGAGCCAGGGAUUGCUACAUGGCAUGAGAGGUUCACAAGAGCCCAGCAUGAGUCUGAGUUCAGUCGGACUUUUGAUGUAUUGGACGGUGACGAGCAGCGUGUCGUGGAUGAGGAGAAAACACAGCCCGCGGAAGAGCCUGUGGCUAAAAGGCAGUGACGGGCUAACACGUGCUGGCAGACCCGUCCCUGGAAGAGGAACUUGCGAAGACCUGCAAAGUUUUGUCUCAUUCACGCAUCGACGUGUCAAUGGCCAUUUGUUUUGUAUUUACACCAAUGACAGCGAACAGAUGGAUCCAUCAUAUAUCAACGAUACGAGAUGGUCAAUCUGCGAGGCCCAACUAAUCGAGUUUGCUGCACAGACAAUCCGUCCGCAGUGCCACGGGGAAGCUGGCUCAUGUAGCUUUUGUUUCCCAAGAGCAUAAUAUAUACUUCCCAGGAUUGAAGUUGUGACACUGACUAGACUUGAAUUUGCUGCAAAGCAAUCCUUUUUUUUUUCUUUUCCCCCGGAUUGAGAUUCCGACUCAACGACAGGCGGGCUAUGUGGCAAUCCGGCGAAUAUGAGGAUGGUGCAAGCAGGUUUUCUUUUAUCGGACAUCUUCCAUAUGUAGUGGG